AUGCUCAGCCAUCGAUUUCUCUGCUCAUUUUUCUUCUCACUUUUCACAACGGUUCUUAGUGCAGGAUGUCGAGACUCGGACAACAAUUGCCGAGAUUGGGUGGGAACAGAUCCACAAACGUGUAAGCACACGGAUUACAUUCGGAUCAAUUGCCCGUUCAGUUGUGGGCAUUGCGGGAGUGUGAUUAGAAAGUACGACAUCACGCGGCUUUCGCCCGAUUUGGCGUCGUUGGCUUGGCUGAUCGGUAAAUGGAGAAGUGAGCACGGGGGAAAGGCGAUUUUCCCGACAAUUCCAAAAUUCACAUAUGGUGAAGAGAUCGAGUUCACCGUGCCCGACGAUAAAAUGCAAGCGGUUAGAGCAAUCAACUAUACUGCUUUUGCCUGGUCGAUUAAUGACAAGGACGAGCUGCACUCUGAGUACGGCUAUAUUGCUGUAAAGCCGAACACGAAAGAGUUGGCAUUGACUACCGUAAUGAAUAAUGGAUUUGUCACUGUUGAGGAGGGAAAAGUCUCAUCAUCUUACAUCAAAUUUUCAUUGAGAGAUAUCGGUCGGAUCUCUUUCUCGAGAGAUUUACCCGUUCAUGAUUUGGUACGCGAAUGGACACUGUUGGAUCGAAGCACUUUGCAGGCUCGGCUACAUAUGGAAACGCUCACUCACGGAAUGCAAGAGCACACAUUUAUUCGAUACGAUAAGAUUGCUCCG